AACCUGAGGAAGAGUAGAACAAUCAUAAUAAUAGAGGCUAAGCUGUGUCUCACGGCCGGUCGCGUCACGCAGUGGGGACACUACCCCCCAUCAUCGACGGCGCACCAAAUGCGCUCCUUGUCGCUGCCUCUCUUGAUGUAUCAAUCAGUGGCGCGUGCCCGACACAUAUUAGUCUGAGACACCAACCCGUGAAGCAGGCGAAGGGAAGAGAAGAGCACCUUGAUAAUCUGUGCCCACUUCGUGGCCAAUCCGGUACUAGCUUUCACUCACUAGCUUUCACUCACCUUUAAUAGACGUACACACAGAGUGCGCGUGUGUUUGUCGCCUAAGGCACGAGUUUGGGAAGUUCAUUUUAGGAGAUAACGGUGACAGGGUUAUUCUCUCUUUUGUUACCGUUAUAUGGAAUAUUAGGAAAACAAGCGUCGCUUUUAUUGGAACGUUGCUGUGAAACCCAUCUUGUAGACCCGUCACCCGGAUGUGUAAAUAUUAUUUGCCGAAACUCUGAAGAGAUAGAGAAAAAAUACAUUCGUUUAAAUAACAUGGGGGUUGGAUAACAUUUACGAGUUUUACUGCCUUCUCUUUUUGCUUUUCAUCUUUGGGUGGACGAAGAGAUGAUGUAUGGGCAAGAAGACAGGUGGAAAGGAACGAAUUAUGCAACCUUCAAUAGAGUUUAUGUUCCUGGUGAGCCACCGAUCCUCCAGACAAAUAGUUCUGCUCUACCGAAGCAAGCCAUCCUCUCGUGGCAAGCUGCAGUUGAUGCUGCUAGACAGGCAAAAGCAGCCCAGACCAUGAGUUCAAGCACUGACCUCCCAGUAGGAACCUUAUCCCAAAGAAAAAGACAGCAAUAUGCGAAGAGCAAGAAACAGGGUGGCGGUUCGUCAAACAACAGAGCAACCCGUGCACUUUUUUGUUUAUCUCUCAACAAUCCUAUUAGAAGAGCCUGCAUAAGCAUAGUAGAAUGGAAACCAUUUGAUAUCUUCAUAUUAUUGGCUAUUUUUGCCAAUUGUGUGGCCUUAGCUGUUUAUAUACCUUUUCCUGAAGAUGAUUCUAAUUCAACUAACCAUGAUCUGGAAAAAGUAGAAUAUGCCUUCCUAAUUAUUUUUACAAUUGAAACAUUUUUGAAGAUAGUAGCAUAUGGACUAUUUAUGCACCCAAAUGCAUAUGUACGGAAUGGAUGGAACUUGCUGGAUUUUGUUAUUGUUAUUGUAGGUUUGUUUAGUGUUGUUUUGGAACAACUGACAACCAAAGAAACAGAAGGGCAUCAUUCAGGUGGCAAACCGGGUGGGUUUGAUGUCAAAGCCCUUAGAGCUUUUCGUGUCUUGCGACCUCUUCGACUAGUGUCUGGUGUACCCAGUUUGCAGGUUGUCCUAAAUUCCAUCAUCAAAGCCAUGGUACCUCUUCUUCACAUUGCCCUGUUGGUGUUAUUUGUAAUAAUAAUUUAUGCCAUUAUUGGACUGGAGCUAUUUAUUGGCAAAAUGCACAAAACGUGUUUUUAUAUUGGCACAGAAAUUAUAUCAGAGGAUGAACAAGCACCUUGUGCAUUCUCAGGGAAUGGAAGGCAGUGCCCAUUGAAUGGAACAGAAUGCAGAAGCUUUUGGGCUGGACCAAAUGGAGGCAUUACCAAUUUUGAUAAUUUUGCCUUUGCCAUGCUAACUGUGUUUCAGUGUAUUACUAUGGAAGGCUGGACAGAUGUUUUAUAUUGGGUAAAUGAUGCAAUAGGAUGUGAAUGGCCAUGGAUCUACUUUGUUAGUCUUAUCAUUCUUGGCUCAUUUUUUGUUCUUAACCUCGUUCUUGGUGUACUUAGUGGUGAAUUCUCCAAGGAAAGAGAAAAGGCUAAGGCAAGAGGAGAUUUUCAGAAGUUGCGGGAAAAACAGCAGCUUGAAGAAGAUCUAAAGGGCUACCUGGACUGGAUCACUCAGGCUGAAGACAUUGACCCUGACAAUGAGGAAGAUGGUGAUGAUGAAGGAAAACGUAAUACAAGCAUGCCCACAAGUGAAACAGAAUCUGUAAACACAGAAAAUAUCACUGGUGAAGGAGAGAAUUCAGCAUGCUGUGGAACUCUUUGCCAGAACAUUUCAAAGUCAAAGUCCAGUCGCCGAUGGCGCCGCUGGAACAGGCUUUGUCGAAGAAAAUGCCGUGCAGCUGUGAAAUCGGUCACUUUCUAUUGGCUGGUUAUUAUCUUGGUCUUCCUCAACACAUUAACUAUUUCUUCUGAGCAUUACAAUCAGCCAUUCUGGCUGACACAGAUUCAAGAUAUAGCAAAUAAAGUUCUUUUGGCUCUGUUCACUUGUGAAAUGUUGGUGAAGAUGUACAGUUUAGGUUUACAGGCCUACUUUGUAUCCCUUUUCAACCGUUUUGACUGCUUCGUAGUUUGUGGUGGAAUUACUGAAACAAUACUGGUCGAGCUGGAAAUUAUGUCUCCUUUGGGAAUUUCAGUGUUUAGGUGUGUACGACUUCUCCGGAUUUUCAAAGUUACAAGGCACUGGGCAUCACUCAGUAACCUGGUGGCAUCCUUGUUGAACUCUAUGAAGUCUAUCGCUUCACUGCUGCUUUUGCUGUUCCUGUUUAUUAUCAUCUUUUCAUUGCUUGGAAUGCAGUUGUUUGGAGGCAAAUUCAACUUUGAUGAAACUCAAACAAAGCGAAGUACCUUUGACAAUUUUCCCCAAGCCCUUUUAACUGUGUUCCAGAUCCUGACAGGUGAAGAUUGGAAUGCUGUAAUGUAUGAUGGAAUCAUGGCAUAUGGUGGGCCAUCUUCUUCGGGAAUGAUAGUCUGCAUAUAUUUCAUUAUACUUUUCAUUUGUGGAAACUAUAUUCUGCUAAAUGUUUUCUUAGCUAUUGCUGUGGACAACUUGGCUGAUGCUCAGAGUUUAAAUACAGCCCAGAAAGAAGAAGCAGAAGAAAAGGAGAGAAAGAAGAAUGCCAGGAAAGGGAGCCACGAAAAUAAAGACGAUUCAAAACCCGAGGAUGAAAAGCAACUCACUGAUAAGAAGGGUACAGAUACUGAAAAAGAAGAUGAUGAUAAGGAUACAUAUGCACCUAGUGAAGUUCCGGGUGAUGAUGAUGAUGAUGAACCGGAGUUACCAGCAGGCCCUCGACCACGAAGACUGUCUGAACUAAACAUGAAGGAGAAAAUUACACCCAUCCCAGAAGGCAGUGCUUUCUUCAUAUUGAGCAGUACCAAUCCGAUCCGGGUUGGAUGCCACAGGCUUAUCAACCAUCAUAUAUUUACAAACCUCAUCCUGGUGUUCAUUAUGCUUAGCAGUGCUUCUUUAGCAGCAGAAGAUCCCAUCCGCAGUCAUUCCUUUCGCAAUAUUAUACUUGGUUACUUUGACUAUGCUUUCACAGCCAUCUUUACUGUUGAGAUCCUGUUGAAGGUGACAACAUUUGGGGUUUUCCUUCAUAAAGGGUCAUUCUGCAGGAAUUAUUUCAACUUAUUGGACUUGCUAGUUGUUGGUGUCUCCCUUGUUUCAUUUGGAAUGCAAUCGAGUGCUAUCUCAGUAGUAAAGAUCCUCCGUGUUUUGCGAGUGCUGAGGCCUUUAAGAGCAAUCAACAGAGCAAAAGGACUUAAGCAUGUUGUUCAGUGUGUAUUUGUUGCUAUCAGAACUAUCGGGAACAUCAUGAUUGUUACAACUUUGCUUCAGUUCAUGUUUGCCUGCAUUGGUGUGCAGUUGUUCAAGGGAAAGUUUUACCGAUGUACAGAUGAAACAAAACGUAUCCCGGAAGAGUGCAAGGGAAUUUUUAUCAUUUAUAAAGAUGGGGAUGUUAAUCAUCCAGUGAUCAAAGAAAGAAUUUGGAUUAAUAGUGAUUUCAACUUUGACAACGUACUGACUGCAAUGAUGGCAUUAUUUACAGUAUCCACAUUUGAAGGCUGGCCUGCAUUGCUGUAUAAAGCUAUAGACUCAAAUGGAGAAAAUGUUGGGCCAAUCUACAACAACCGAGUUGAAAUAUCUGUAUUCUUCAUUAUCUACAUCAUUAUUAUUGCCUUCUUCAUGAUGAAUAUCUUUGUAGGUUUUGUGAUUGUCACAUUCCAGGAACAAGGUGAACAAGAAUAUAAAAACUGUGAGCUGGAUAAAAAUCAGCGUCAGUGUGUGGAAUAUGCUUUGAAGGCUCGUCCCUUGAGGAGAUACAUCCCUAAGAAUCCUUACCAGUACAAGUUCUGGUAUGUGGUAAACUCGACUGGGUUUGAAUACAUCAUGUUUGUACUUAUCAUGCUGAACACACUCUGCUUGGCCAUGCAGCAUUAUGGGCAAUCAGAGCCUUUUAAUUAUGCAAUGGAUAUUCUUAAUAUGGUCUUUACUGGUGUCUUUACUGUUGAGAUGGUACUGAAGCUCAUAGCAUUCAAACCAAAGGGAUAUUUUAGUGAUGCAUGGAAUACGUUUGACGCCCUCAUCGUCAUUGGCAGCAUUAUAGAUGUCGUACUCAGUGAAAUUGAUAGCUCUGAAGACAGUUCCAGAAUCUCAAUCACUUUCUUCCGACUGUUUCGAGUGAUGCGACUAGUUAAACUUCUGAGCCGAGGAGAAGGUAUCCGAACAUUGUUAUGGACAUUUAUAAAAUCCUUUCAGGCUUUGCCAUACGUUGCACUUCUGAUAGCCAUGCUGUUCUUCAUCUAUGCUGUUAUUGGCAUGCAGAUCUUUGGAAAAGUCGCCAUGCAGGACAAUACACAGAUUAAUAGAAAUAACAACUUUCAAACUUUUCCUCAAGCUGUGCUGCUUCUGUUUAGGUGUGCAACCGGUGAAGCCUGGCAAGAAAUCAUGCUAGCAUGUUUGCCUGGAAAACGCUGUGAUCCAGAGUCGGAGUAUAAUCCAGGGGAAGAAUUUACAUGUGGAAGUAAUUUUGCUAUUGUCUACUUCAUUACAUUCUACAUGCUCUGUGCUUUCCUGAUUAUUAAUCUUUUUGUAGCUGUUAUCAUGGACAACUUUGAUUAUUUAACACGUGACUGGUCCAUCUUGGGUCCACACCAUUUGGAUGAGUUCAAGAGAAUAUGGUCAGAAUAUGACCCAGAGGCUAGGGGACGUAUAAAACAUCUUGAUGUGGUUACACUUCUUCGACGAAUUCAGCCUCCUCUAGGUUUUGGCAAAUUAUGCCCUCAUAGAGUGGCUUGUAAGAGAUUAGUAGCCAUGAACAUGCCACUAAAUAGUGAUGGAACUGUCAUGUUUAAUGCCACAUUGUUUGCUUUGGUAAGAACAGCUUUAAAAAUUAAAACUGAAGGUAACCUUGAACAAGCUAAUGAAGAACUCCGAGCUGUUGUUAAAAAAAUCUGGAAGAGAACAAGCAUGAAGUUGCUUGACCAGGUGGUUCCUCCUGCUGGUGAUGAUGAGGUAACCGUGGGGAAGUUCUAUGCCACCUUUCUGAUACAGGACUACUUUAGGAAAUUCAAGAAACGCAAAGAACAAGGUCUUGUGGGGAAGCAUCCUAUGAAGAACACAACAGUUGCCCUCCAGGCAGGAUUGAGGACUCUGCAUGACAUUGGACCUGAAAUCCGACGGGCAAUAUCAUGUGAUUUACUGGAUGAAGAAGCUGAUGAAAACCAGGAUGAAGAAGAAGAUAUAUUUAGGAGAAACGGAGGCUUAUUUGGAAAUCAUAUAAAUCACAUUAAUGGUGGAAGGAAAAAUUCCUUUCAGCAGACCACGGCCACACAUCGCCCACUACAAGUUCAGAGGCCUUCUAGUCCAAAAAUUGGUGAGAAUGAAACAUCAUCCCCUUUUAACAGAAUUGGCAAUGCAGCAGUUCAUAACCAUCUUAAUCACAAUUUAGUGAGAAAGAGUAUUACAAACUCAAUAAAUGCCAACCUCAAUAAUGCAAACCUGUCCAAAAUUCCUAAUGGAAAACAUUGUAUACAUAAUGAACAUGUCUCUGCAAAUGGAUAUUUGCCCACCAGGAAAGAGUAUGAAAAGCAAGGAAUGCCCAGUGCCUACAGGUCUGAUGCUGGUGGGGAUGGGUGUUAUCCAUCAGUUCGACAGGAAGACCCUAGAAUUGAUGACUACUGCAAUGACGGAUACUCAGGUGAACAGGAAUAUUACAGCGGUGAUGAAUAUUAUGAAAGAGACAGUUUGCUUUCAGGAAAAAGGUAUGCAUAUGACUACCCAGAAGGAUAUACUAGCAAUGACCUUGAUUUUGACAGACCAAAAGGUUAUCACCAUCUGUACAGGGCUUUUGAAGAAGAAGAUUCCCAAAUGUAUUAUGAUAUUAAACGGUCACCAAGGAGACGGUUGCUACCUCCAACACCUACAUCACAUCGAAGACCUUCAUUUACCUUUGAGUGUCUGCGAAGACAGGGCAGCCACGAUGAUAUCCCACUAUCUCCAAAUCUUCAUUGUCAUCAACAUCAUCAUACCGCUAUACCUCUUCAUUUAAUGCAACAACAGGUCAUGGCUGUAGCAGGACUUGAUUCAAACAGAGUCCAAAGGCAUUCACCAAGUCGCUCAACACGGUCCUGGGCAACUCCUCCAGCUACUCCACCCAUGAGAGAUAGAACUCCAUAUUAUGCACCAUUAAUUCGAGUAGACAGAGUGGACUCUAGAGAUUGUGUAAAUGGUAGCCUGCCUUCCAUGCAUAGAAGUUCUUGGUAUUCAGAUAACUCAGACUUUUCAUACAGAGCAUAUGCACCAGCAAAUCUAACUGUUCCUAAUGAGCUGCAUUACAGACACAUGGACAAAAGAGGAAGUGCAGACAGCUUGGUAGAAGCAGUACUCAUAUCUGAGGGCUUGGGCCACUAUGCAAAGGAUCCUAAGUUUGUUUCAGCAACAAAGCAUGAGAUUGCAGAUGCCUGUGAUAUGACAAUUGAUGAAAUGGAAAGUGCAGCAAGCAGUCUUUUAAAUGGAAGUAUGAGUAAUGGGACAAAUGGGGAUAUGUUCCCUCUUUUACAAAAACAAGACUAUGAACUUCAGGAUUUUGGUACUGGUUAUAGUGAUGAGGAGCCAGAAUCUGGUACAUAUGAAGAAGAUUUAGCAGAUGAAAUGAUAUGUAUUACAGCUUUAUAGCACCUGCUAAGGGAACUGUCUGCACAGUGCAGCACAAAGAAGUGCCUCACAACUGAUUUACUGGAAAGGCACUAGAUGGAAUUCAGUAAGCAGCAAAAUGGAAUGUGGAAGGAGUUUGAGUGCACCAUUAUGAGCCAUAUUAUACCCUGCCAGUAGACAUCUUUGAAGCUUCAUGGAAGUGUUAAUCAAGCAGUGUAGGCUGUAACCUGGAUUAAAAGAUGGAGACUUCACUGCAGUACAGAAGAUUGAAGAUGGACUGAUCAUCUGUUAUUUUGUAGGGAUGCAUAAAUUGGUUGGUGAUAUUUUUUUUUUCUUAUAUUUUGACAGAAAAGUGCAAUACCACAAACUGAAAAAUGUGUGUUCCAAGUACAGCAGAGCAUGAAUAUAAUUACUGAAAAUGAAGGCAAUCAAGAAAAGUUGUCAUUACCUCAUUUUUACUUUAAUAUCCUACAUAUCAAGUUUUCCCAUGCAGAAUGCACUUAGUGCAACUUUCUUCACUUGUAUCCUGAUUGCCCUUAAAAUUAUUGUAUGCACAUUUUACGUUUGUUAUGGAAAAUGUUGCUAAAACAGAGGGUCAUUUUGUAAGGCAGCAUCAUCUUCCAUGGGAAAUAUUUUUAAUAGACCUUAGGCAACAAAGUUCAUGUUUAUAAUUACUGCAAUAAAAUUAUGGAAAAAAUAUACAAUGCAAUUAAGGGCAGGUUGAUUUUGAAAUCAGAAUUAUCAUAUUAAUUAACACUGCCUAACAGAUCAACUGUAAAUGACCUGUAAUAUACUGAUACUUUGUAAAGAGAUGUUCUAUAUUUUGUAAUUAUAAUACUGUACCAAAACAGAAGCAAUAUUUAUGAUUCAUAAUUAAUGUGGUUCCAUUGAAAUAAUAGAUAUAGUAUUUUCACUAGGAGCAACUAGAAAUGUUUGACACUAGGCAAUUAGCAAUGCACUUUGUCUUGUAUUUAUUUUUCUUUAAAGAGUUGUUAAUAAAACAAAAACAAACUUUGA